GAAAGGCCUUCUAAAAGCUUAAUCAACUUUCCUACACUUUGAUUGUUUGCCAUGGCUUUAAACCUGCCAAAAGUGCUUUCUUAGAGCCACUGCCGAAAGGGCUCCAUAACACAUGGAGAAAAGUCUCUUUUUUUCCAAUUCCAAACCUACAAAUAAGUAUUUCUUAGAAAACAAGGAUGUUCAUCACUUUCAUGCUCAUCAUCAUAUUCAUUUGAUAAACAUGCAAAACCCUAAUCAAAAGCCUCAUCAUGAGAACUCAUCAAGAAGUCAAUCACCGGAACAUGAGGAGCCGGUUUCCGAUGCCAAGUGGGCCCCUAGGCUUCUUCGGGAGUGUGCUACCGCGAUUUCUAACAUGGAUUCAACCAAGAUCCAUCACUUGUUGUGGAUGUUGAAUGAACUUGCUUCUCCCUAUGGUGAUUGCAAUCAGAAAUUGGCAUUUUAUUUCUUGCAAGCCCUUUUUUGUAAGGCCACAGAUACUGGCUUGAGGUGUUACAAAACCCUAACUUCAGCAGCUGAAAAGAGCAAAUCAUUUGAUUCAUCUAGGAAAUUGAUCCUAAAGUUCCAAGAGGUAAGUCCAUGGACGACUUUUGGUCACGUUGCAUCAAAUGGUGCAAUUUUAGAAGCAUUAGAUGGAGAGACUAAGCUUCACAUAAUUGAUAUAAGUAACACCUUUUGUACACAAUGGCCAACUUUGCUAGAAGCCUUGGCUACACGUAACGAUGAAACGCCACAUCUUAAGCUCACGGUUGUGGUCACGGAAAGCAUACCAGUGAAGUCAGUUAUGAAAGAAGUAGCACAAAGGAUGGAGAAAUUUGCUAGGUUAAUGGGAGUCCCAUUUGAGUUCAAUGUUAUAAGUGGAUUGAACCACUUGAAUGAACUCACAAAGGAGAGUUUGAAUAUACAAGAAGAGGAAGCAUUGGCUGUGAAUUGCAUUGGAGCCUUGAGAAAAGUUGAAGUAGAAGAGAGGGGAGGUGUUAUAAGAAUGCUAAAAUCCCUUAACCCUAAAGUUGUGACAAUAGUGGAACACGAGGCUGAUUUUUCUAGCACAAGGAAUGACUUUGUUAAGUGCUUUGAAGAAUGCCUUAGGUUCUACACAUUAUACUUUGAGAUGCUUGAUGAAAGCUUUCCAACAACGAGUAACGAAAGACUAGUGAUCGAAAGGGAAUGUUCUAAAUCCAUAGUUAAGGUUUUGGCAUGUGAUAAUGAAAUUGGUGAAGGAGAUGGUGAAAGAAGAGAAAGAGGAAAUCAAUGGUCUGAAAGGCUUAGGGAAUGUUUUUCCCCAUUUCCACUAAAUGAUGAUGCUGUUGAUGAUGUUAAGGCCUUGAUUAAGAGGUACAAAGCUGGAUGGUCACUUGUGCUACCACAAGAAAAUCAAGAACCACCAGGAAUUUACCUGACAUGGGGAGAAGAACCAGUGGUAUGGGCUUCAGCAUGGAAACCCCAUGAAAAUCACUCGACGUAGCUACAUGAUCAAUGAAGAUUCAUAUAGCUGAACUUGACGGGAGUGAUGAUCAACGAAGAUUCAUAUAGUUGAACUGGAAGUGCAUGAUAUCAUUGAAGAUUAAUAUAGCUGACUUGGACGUGCGUGGGAUUAAAACAUAGUAGUUAUAUUGUCAUAAGCUUUAGCUUACAACAAGCUAAAGCUUGGUAACAUUUAGUAUUUCUAUAUUUGGGAGCCAGCAACAUAUAGAUAAGCAAGAGGUUCCUUUUUGCUUUAAUUUGUUUUCCUUUCAGUCUUCUUUCUUAUGCAUCUUGCAAACAUAUAGGACGAUUGUUACUAGAUUAUUUUGUUUUCUUUAAUUCCUUUCCUUUUUCUACCUUCUAGAUUCAACAACACUAUAAUGCUUUGUGCUUGGGAGUUUGUAUUGCUUUCUUUCGUUUGCUUAUUUUUUUCAAUAUCUUCUUGUUUGAAAGUGUUUGCAUCUGUACUAGCUUUUUCAAAUUA